CGACCAUGUUAAACUAGGAAGAAUAAACACAAAAGAAAGGAUUUAUGUCGAGUAAAUUCAGUCAUUAAACCGAUUCGAGAAGGAAGCAGAUGAUCGACCGAAGACAACGUAUCGCAUGUAACAUCGGCAAGAAAUAAACAAAAAAAGGUGACAAGUUCGAGUAGUUGGCUGACUGCGAAAGAAGUGGGUUGAUCAAGCCGGCGCUCACAUGCACUUGGUAGAAUAUACUCCAACCGAAGACAGCUUCUUUGGGGAAAGGGCCAAACACCUGGAUUGUAAAGACAACAGGCUUGGAGGGGUCUAAAGAGGAUAUAAAGCAUAUAAAGCGCAUUUGCUUUGGACCAGAUUGCCCCUUACGUCUGUUUAUAUAAAUAUAUAUAUAUAUAUAAAUAUUUGGGUUUUUUUAUGCCAGGAAGCCACCCUCACAUGUGGAGCAACAUAUACAUUCACAGUGGGAACUAUUGAACAAUACAGACUUGGGUUUUUGGGAAAUAUUUGUACAAAAGUUUGUGAAAGUUACUAUUUUUAAGGUCUGAGAUCUUGAGCAAUUCUUAUGGACUCCAAACUGAAGCAGGAAAUCUUGUUUAUAGAAAAGGAGAAAUUUAAGCAUUGAACUUUGAUUAAAGGAGCUGUUCCCUGGGUCUAAAUUGCCUUAGUUGUUCUGUUUCAGGACUUAAGCCCCUUUUUAUACUUGUUCACAUAUAAUUUUUCUAUAUUGUGCACAAGUAUAUUUAUAUUUCUCUUCAUUUUGAAGAGCUGGUGUACAAAGAAUUUUUUUCUGGUAGUUGUGCGUCAGUCACUCCGUUGUUGAAAGGGACCGAACUGGACGUACAUGUGUAUAUGUAAAUACUUCAAAACAACUUCCAUUGUACAAGUUUUGGACUCAAAAGGAUAGAGAAUAUUGUUUGUUAAUGCUUUAUUAAAUUUUUCUACUAUUGAAGAGAUUUUUUUUAAACCUAAGAGGCAAAAAUCUUGACGUAAACAAAGCAAACAAGAAAAUGGCAACGGCCAGAACAGAAAAUGCCGGCCCGGUCGUCAUGGGACUGCACAAACAGAACGGGCAGCUCAGAGGGCAGACUAAACCAGCUUCAAUCCAGUCAGGACCCCCAGCUCAUGGAAAAGCCCUGGGUAUGGCACAGAAGGCAGCCGGUACCCAACAGGAGGGAAGUGGUAUUAAGUUUGGAGACGAUUGGAAAAAGAGUCUGCUGCUCCCUCCAAAAGACAACCGGGUGAAAACCUCGGAUGUGACAGCCACUAAGGGAAAUGAGUUUGAGGACUACUGCCUCAAACGUGAACUCCUGAUGGGAAUCUUUGAGAUGGGCUGGGAGAAACCAUCUCCUAUCCAGGAGGAGAGCAUCCCCAUCGCCCUGUCAGGACGUGAUAUCUUGGCCCGGGCUAAGAACGGAACAGGGAAAAGUGGAGCGUAUCUUAUCCCACUACUAGAGAGAAUAGACCUGAAAAAGGACCAUAUUCAGGCUAUGGUCAUGGUGCCCACCCGUGAGCUUGCCCUGCAAGUGAGCCAGAUCUGUAUCCAGAUCAGCAAGCACCUGGGAGGUGUAAAGGUGAUGGCCACCACUGGUGGCACCAAUCUACGAGAUGAUAUCAUGCGCCUGGAUGAAACUGUGCAUGUGGUCAUCGCCACACCUGGCAGAAUCCUGGACUUGAUAAAAAAGGGAGUGGCCAAGGUGGAUAAAGUCCAGAUGAUGGUGAUGGAUGAAGCAGAUAAGCUUCUGUCUCAGGACUUUGUGGUGCUCAUAGAGGAUAUCAUCAGCUUCCUGGCCAAGAACAGGCAGAUUCUGCUCUACUCCGCAACCUUUCCAAUCAGCGUGCAGAAGUUCAUGGCCAAGCACCUUCAAAAACCUUAUGAGAUAAACCUGAUGGAGGAGCUGACACUGAAGGGCAUCACCCAGUAUUAUGCCUAUGUCACCGAGAGGCAGAAAGUACACUGCCUCAACACACUCUUCUCCAGGCUUCAGAUCAACCAGUCCAUCAUCUUCUGCAACUCCACCCAGAGGGUUGAGCUCCUGGCCAAGAAGAUCACCCAGCUGGGAUACUCGUGCUUCUACAUUCACGCCAAGAUGAUGCAGGAAUACAGAAACCGUGUGUUCCAUGACUUCAGGAACGGACUUUGCAGAAACCUAGUCUGCACCGAUCUCUUCACCAGAGGUAUUGAUAUCCAGGCAGUCAACGUAGUCAUCAACUUUGACUUCCCCAAGAAUGCUGAGACUUACCUCCAUCGCAUUGGAAGAUCAGGGAGGUUUGGUCACUUGGGUUUGGCCAUCAACCUGAUCACCUCUGAGGACCGCUUCAAUCUGAAGGCCAUUGAAGACCAGCUGGUGACCGACAUCAAGCCCAUUCCCAGCAGCAUCGACAAGAGCCUCUAUGUGGCAGAGUUCCACUCUGUCAACCCCGACUGUGAGGUGGAGGAGGUGGAGGAAAAGGUGGGACGCCAACAAGACAACUCCUAAAAUGGACACACCAGGCUUUUGCACAAGCAUCAGCGCUUGCACACAGGCUUCCAGCAGCUCUUCAGCUUCACAACUUGCAAUAUGACAAUUCCUUCAAAGCCUGCUGAAUGGAUGUAAAAGCUUUCUUUUGUUCUUCAGUAAGAGCUUUCAACUGAUUAUUUCACUAAUUGAGGAAGUCAAACCAAUUUGUUUUGCACCAGACCUGAAAUGGCCCAGGCGUUGUAUUUGUGGUUAGCCUGUCAUGCCCAGCGCUUUUUUUUUUUCUUCCCCAAAAUCUGUCCCUUGCUGAAGCAUCAUUAUUUGUGUGUCUGCAAAGGGAAAGGUAGAGCAGGGAGCGCUGUCUUUUUAGAGGGGCUGCAAUAUAAUUGGACAAAGCAGUUUUGAACGUGUCUGAAAAAAUUGUCCUUGAAUGCCGUUAUCAGCAGCAACUUAUUAAAAGGACGAUUACUUUCUAAUAUUACAAUGGUGUGUUUACACCAGCCCUAGUCCUGUCCACUUAACACUGCUGUUGCCACUUAAGUGCCUUACUUAACCCCACAUGCAAUCUCAUCUGGUCAUAACCUUGCUGUUUGCUUCUUGUGCAUAGCGGACAGAGUAUGAGCACAAACAAGAUGAAUUGUACAGUAACCUUGGUUUAUUUCAACAUCCAUUAUGCAAGAGACAGCAAAAUUGCACAUUCUCCAUGUGGGAAGUGUGUAGAAACAUGGCUCAAACCCCUGGAAUACCAUCCUGAAUGUGAAUGUUUCUUUUUUAAUGUGAACGUUGCAAUAAAAAAGGGCAGCUUUAUUUUAAUACUGUGUGACCAUUUCCCGUCACUAGGAAUAUAUGUGCAUAAUGUCAUGAGUUUCCAUCUCUACUUUGAAUGCUAGCUUGAAAACAAUACAUAGUGGGAACAUUUGCACCAGCCACUGACCAGAUGCUGGUAUAUUUUGCUAUUGCUUUUAAGUUGGUCCAGCUUACCAGCUGCUUUAAGCCAGCUGAUGACCACCCUCUGGAGGCUCAUAUUCAUUCAAAAAAUAGAUAUUUGUGUGCUAAAUUGCAAAAGCAGUGAAUUUAGAAAUUCAUCGACCACUGUGAUUUGAUGGAUGGGUUGUUUUUUUGUUUUUUUUUCCUGCAAAUGACUAGCCCAGGACCAACACGUUUCAGACCAAUUCAUGCCUGCAUGUCAUAGCGCCACUUGGGUCAGGGUUAAAAAAAAAAAAAAAAAAUGAUUCGCAGAACUUACUGUAUUUGAGUGUUAAUGUUCAUCAGAGGUCCAAUGGUUGAUGGGUUAAAGAAAGGUGGCCAAUUCUUUUGGGGUUGUUGCAAAAUAAUGGUUUGACUUCCCUAUCAUUAAUUUUGGCUUUUCACAACGGUGACUAGUAAAUAUGAGGGGUCUCCCCCCCCCCCCCCCCAACCAGGAAUUUUGGAAGCUCUAUAAAUUACUCUGUGUUUUGUUUUUAUUUUCAAACCUCUUCAUUGCAAUUUCAAAUUUAUGAAUGUAUUGGUUGCCAAUGUACGUGUUUGCUGCCACGAGGUGAAUGCCAAGCUCUUAACCAUUCAUGACUUGUAGUAAGACAUGGCAAACCUUACAUACAAGUCGUGCUACAUGUUGCUGUUUUUGGAUCAAAACCUUCUAUCGGCAAAAAUUUUUUAGAUCCUUUUCAAGAAUUUUGUGUGGGGGGGGGGGGGUCCUUGUUUUUAAUUGACAGCCAUGCAUUUUUGAAAUCGUCCAGUGGGUUUACACAGGAUUUCAGGACCUCAAGGGUCACAAACUGGCACAGCCUGCAAAGGAACCUGUACACCAUCAAUUCAAGUAACACCAUGAAAGUCACUGGAAAAUGCACUUACUUAUUUUGUUCAUUUUUUUUUCCCCAAUUGCAGCAAUAUCCUGGUUGGUGGGAGGGUCCCAUUUCAUUUAAUUUAAUGUCAUCUCUCCCCCUCUGACACAGCUGUGUUUGUCAUUGUGAAAAUGUGAGGGAUGGGUUCUGUUUUGAAAGCGAAACUGUAGCAUCUUUGAACAGGCAGCUGUGAUCUUUUUUUCUUUGUCCCCCCCCCCCCCCCCAUUAAGAGUUUCACUAAUAAUAAAAAAGACAAAAAUAUUUUUUUGCUUCUUGUAAAUUUUUAUUUUUGACAAUGCUUAAAACAGAUGGGGGGGCAUUGUGAGGCUUUAGCACUAGGGAAAGGUUUGGGUGGGUUUACAUAAGCCAAGUCUUUUAUCGGGUGUUCUUGGGGCACCUUUUUUUCUAUUCCAUUCUCUCUAGCCCUUAAGACCUCCAGCAGAACUGAAGCAAAGGCAUUAGCAUUUUGAAACCUAACUUUUUUUUCCCCCCUUCCCCUUUUCUUUCUGCCAUAGCACGCAUUGUAAACACCUCUUGCCAUCUGUUUGCUGCUUGUUUUAAGUGCUGGAGAGAGUGCUUAGUUGUUAUGGGGAGGGGGGGGUGUUCUUGGAAAGCAUUGAAGCACUGUGAUCCUCACGACGCUUUUCGUGGUCAUGUGAUGGAUGACCGAAGUGCAAUGAUUGUUUUUAGGGAAACACUCCAAUUCCACUAAGGCAGUCUUUAUACCAGGUGUUAAGAAUCAUUUUGAGGAAACCAAUUGUAAAUGAUUCAUUGUUUACAAAAGUCGUUUACAAUUACAAAAAACAAUUUGCUUCAUGAUGGUGGAGGUAUUUUCCUUUUUUUCUAUUUUUAUUUUAUUUUUUAUACUGACUUUCAGGAUUUACAUUGAAGCAAAACCAAAAAAGUGAAAUGUUGCGGUAUUGUGCGCCUGUGUGAGGAGAAACAGGUGUGUGUGUGUGUGUGUGUGUGUGUGUGUGUGUGUGUGUGUGUGUGUGUGUGAGAGAGAGAGAGAGGAAGAGCGAGCGGGAGAGAGACGUAGGCUACUCUGAAUGAGGGUUGAGCACGUUUGUGUGAAUGUGGGAUGUGUGCGGAUGCCUGUGACUGUAAGGUUUGUCAAGUGACUACGUUUACAUGCAGCUUCAAAUGGGCUCUGUUCCUAAAUGGACACUUACUCAACUGUAUGGUCAGUUUAUCUGAGAAAAUCCCUUGGGUUUUUCAACUUUCUUUGGAAUUGGCUAGCUGGGUUACUGUUGACCAGUGGAGGUUUUUAUUUUUUUUAAGGGUAGUGGAUUUCAAGAUUCUUUAUUUGUUACGUCUCAUUAUAAAAGCAUAAGACAGUAAAAUUCUUGAGUUUCAGCUCCUCAUUUAACAAAUGAGUUGAGUAGACCCUAAAGCUUGAGGCCGCAUGUAAGCAUAAGCAAUAUGUUAGCUUUCCUCCGUUGCGCUAACAUGCACAUUAUGGCUCAAUGUGUUAUCAUUGACAAUGUGUUAUCUUUUGUCUCUGUUUGGCAGGGGUGUGAUUUUUUUUUUUUCCCUCCUCCUCUUUGGUUUGUGAGCAUUUCUUUUUCUGAAGGAAAGUGAAUGUUUUCAUCUUUUUUUCGUUUUUGUGUUCCUCAUCACAUCCCUGACUUGUCUACCAUUACAUGGUGUUCUUUGUGACCCGACAUUACAACUUGAGAAAAUAAAGUGCAAAGUUUGACUUUUGUGUCCAAACCCAGCAAGACCUGAUGGCAUCGGGAAGGUUUUAAAUGGUUCAUUUUAAAAUUCAAAAACAUUCUUGCCAGUGGAAAACUUAAUAGAAUGGGGAAAAAAAUUGGUCUUGCAUGCUUCGGUUACGUUUAGACUCCCAGGAAGUUUUUGCUUGGGCUCAAUAUGGAAUUGGACAUGAAUGUCACAAUUCAUCCAGCACCUAAUUCUUUGCUUUUUGUCCAUGUGUUGUGGUCACCAAGGAGGCUGUGAUAAUGAAAUUAAGAGUGUUGAGUAAUGUGGUAUGUUUGUCAUCUGGUCUUGAGAUUUGUCUCUCAUGUGUGCACUCCUAACUAAAUAGGUUUGCUUGUGUUUUCUGUUGGUUUUUGUUUUUUUGGGGGUGGGGGUGUUAUUUGAAACAAAUUUGGAAAGAUUGACUGUUAAAAUGGGGUAUGGAAAACACGAUUGUAAACAGUAAUUGCAAAAGGAGUAGGAUUCGGGGCACAACGUGGUAACUGUGGAAUUACUGCUCAGUAUUUGAGUGUUAAUUUGUGAAAUUUAGAAAUUUGAUGUCUCAUGUACCCCCUAUUUAAAUUGAUGUCAUUAGCUGAUCUGUCCCAUGUUUUUCUUUUGUGCAUAUUGAUAUUUGGAUCUUUUCAUCUGUUAAAAACAUGAUGUAAACAUGCUCCAGGAGAUAUUGGCCAAAUUUACUGAAAAACUUCUCCCUCAGUGGUAUAUGCCAAAAUUACAGUGGUGUUUUCCUUGGAAAAUGGACAAAAGCAAGAGAUCUGAUUAUUCUGAAUUAGGUGUCAACAUUUUUGAAAUGACUGCUUGUGGUCUUGCUAUUCCUGGUAUAUAACCUUUUGUAUUUAAGAGCUCUCCUGUUGUCACUCAAUUAGAAUCCAGUUCCCCGGUGUUCAUUAUUUUAUUUUUUUUGUGCUUAAAAAGCCAAUCUGUUUUUUUUUUUCUUCCCAAAACCAUAUUAAGUUACCACAACAAAACUAAUAACAUGAAUUAGAUCAACCUAAAAACUCAACUCAGUGAUCAGGUACUCAGUUUAGUAUUUUCCCAAUUUUUUAGCAAUUUGAUUGGCAUGUAUUGCAACACUAAAAUUUAAUUAUUCCAUGGUUUGUGCUAAUUAAUUUGUCCCUUUGUGCCCAUAUAAAUGCAGUGACGUAAAUUACAAGAUAGACUUGCCCUAUCAAAUUUGUCCUCUACCACUGUAAUAACAUGGGGGGAGCUGCGGGUGUGAAACAAUAAAUUGGAUUA